UAUAUUUGCCGCUGCAUUCACUUCCAUGGCCGUGCUGCAGCCUGCCCCCUCCUGACAGUUUCAUUUAUUGCUCCACACAUACCUUUAACGGAUCAGAGCUUAAAAUGCGCACCGUCGUACCGUGUUUAACCAUUUUACUGGUUUUGGCCGUUGGCUCGGCGGUUCAUGGCUGCCCGCCUUCGGAACGGGCAGCUCUUCUGGCUUUCAGAGCUGCCCUUAAGGAGCCCUAUUUGGGGAUCUUUAAUUCCUGGACCGGAGACGACUGUUGCAACCGAUGGUACGGCGUUAGCUGUGACCCAGUGACUCACCGGGUUGCCGAUAUUAACCUCCGGGGCGAAUCUGAGGAUCCGAUUUUCGAACGGGCUCACCGUACUGGUUUUAUGACCGGGUAUAUUUCUCCGGCCAUCUGCAAGCUUACUCGUCUCUCCAGCGUUAUCAUUGCUGACUGGAAGGGAAUCACCGGUGAGAUUCCGAGGUGUAUAACUUCGUUGCCGUUCCUCAGAAUUCUUGACCUCAUUGGUAACCGUCUCUCCGGCGACCUUCCGGCGGAUAUUGGUCGGCUUCAUCGACUCACGGUGCUCAACGUGGCGGAUAAUUUGAUUUCCGGUUCAAUUCCGGCUUCGCUUACGGCGCUUCCGAACUUGAUGCAUUUGGACCUCCGAAACAACAAAAUUUCCGGAACGUUACCCCGAAAUUUCGGGAAUAUGAGGAUGUUGAGCCGGGCUUUGCUGAGCCGGAACCAGAUCUCCGGUCCUCUUCCCGCUUCCAUCUCCCGGAUCUAUCGCUUAGCGGACCUGGAUCUUUCCCUGAAUCAACUCACCGGCAAAAUCCCGGAAUUCAUGGGAAGAAUGGCGGUGUUGGCCACAUUGAAUCUGGACGGCAACAAAUUCUACGGCAACAUUCCGCCGAGUCUGUUGGUUUCAGGAAUAAGCAAUUUGAAUUUAAGCCGAAACUACCUAACCGGAGAGCUACCGGAUGUUCUAGGGCCACGAUCGUACUUCACGGUGCUGGAUUUGUCUUACAACAACUUGAAAGGGCGGAUUCCGAAAUCGAUAUCGGAAGCUUCAUAUAUCGGACACUUGGAUUUGAGCCACAACCACCUGUGUGGGCCGAUCCCAAGCGGGGCGCCAUUCGAUCAUCUUGAAGCCGCAUCAUUUGUUUUCAAUGAUUGCCUUUGCGGGAAGCCGCUCAAACCCUGUUAGAAGUUUAGCAACCCUACCCUGUAAUUCAUGUUUGUAUUAUUAUGUAAAAGACCUUCAAAA